CGCGGGGCAGUGCGGAACACACACCGGCUGAUCGUGUGAAUUCAAGCUAACAUGUCACUUUCCCCUACAUUUUAAUAACUAUGUCACUUCCUUUGGGUCUUUUAGAUAGUUUACAUGUUUAAUGAAAGUCUGAUGUGACUCUUCGCUGACUGGAGGAUGUUGGUUGGCUACAGCAGCAGCUCGGAGGAGGAGGACAGCGAGGCGGCGGCUGGUCUAAACAGUUGCUCCCGAAAGUGUCAAGAGGAAGAUGAUGAUAACGAUCUCUGCCCAGUGAGGAAGAAACCCAAAACUGAAGAACAGGAUAUUAAAACAAGGCUGCCUCUCCCUGGUUGCCUGCUGGCCAUGUUUCCGGACGAAGUGGACACACAGACUGAAGACAGCUCUCUUCACGGUGGACGUGUCCGCUCUUUCAAGCACGAGAGAGGAAACUGGGCCACUUACGUUUAUUUGCCAUACCACCCUGAGGAGGAGUUCAGGGAGUUGCUGGAGGAGCUGCUCUCAGCUGCGAGGGCUCAUGGUGUGGAUUUGACCCCACAGGAGGAGUUCCACCUCAGCCUGUCUCAGACGGUGGUGCUGAGACACCACUGGAUUCAGCCCUUUACACAGAGCCUCAGGGCAGACUUGGCACACUGCAAACGGUUUGUGUGCUCAGCAGGGAAACUAAAGGUCUAUUGUAACGCUGAGGGGACGAGGACGUUCUUGGGUAUGGAAGUGUACACUGGGCAUGCUCAGUUGUUGGACCUGGUCCAAGUUGUGGACAGAACGAUGAUGGAGUUUCGCCUCGAAACUUUCUACAAGGAACCAUCUUUCCAUGUGAGUCUCGCCUGGUGUGUUGGAGACCUGACAGCGCAGAUGAAGGGAUGCCUUCAGGAGCUGCAGCGUGUGGUUGAUGAACAUGAAGAGGGGCCAUUUCGUCUGAGGCUGGAUGGCGUGGAGCUGCGCUGCCGGACAGGGAACAAAACUUUCCGCUUCCCCCUGGAAACCUAAAACCAGACAGAACUGAAACAUCUCAUGUCAGGUCAUGAACCACAUUGCAAAGCCAGGGGAAGGACUCACCUCAUACAUUACAACUGUUACUCACAUUUUGACCAUAAAGAGGACAGUAACACAUCAGCUGUCAUCACACAGGGAAUCCCCUUUAAUAACUGCUGAGACAUAUGUAACAUGUCCUGCCCCGACAAAGACAAUCAGGGUUUAAAAAAAUGUUAUUGUAUUUUUUUUUCGUUUCUCACUAUUUUAAUACUGAAUAUAAAUAAAGUUGCUACUCAUUUUAUACUUA